GGCAUAAAUAGCCAGUGCCUGCCAAGGAAAGGCUAAUUUGCCUGGAGAUCCUGGAGUCCGAGAGGCAGCAUCUGCCAUGCUUCUCCUCCCUCUCUCCGUGCUGAUGCUGCUCACACAGCCCCUGAGGUCACUGGGAACAGAAAUGAAGACCUAUUUCCAGAGAACAGCAGCCAGCGCCUGCACCUUGGUCAUGUGUAGCCCCAUGGAGAACGGCCUGCCUGGUCGCGAUGGACGGGAUGGGAGAGAGGGCCCCCGGGGCGAGAAGGGGGAUCCAGGUUCACCAGGAGCUGUAGGGAGAGCGGGGACGCCUGGACCGGCUGGCCCAGUUGGGCCCAAAGGGGAGAAUGGCUCUGCUGGAGAGCCUGGACCAAAGGGAGACUCUGGACCAUCUGGACCUCCGGGACCUCGAGGUACGCCUGGUCCAGCUGGCAGAGAGGGUCCCUCAGGGAAGCAGGGAAAUGUAGGACCUCAAGGCACACCAGGCCCCAAAGGAGAGGCUGGGCCCAAAGGAGAUGUGGGUGCGCCUGGCAUGCAGGGCUCUGCAGGGAUGAGAGGCCCCCCAGGGGUUAAAGGAGAGAGAGGUGCCCCUGGUGAGCGUGGAGCCACUGGGAAUGCUGGGGCAGUGGGGCCUGCUGGAGCCACGGGUCCGCCAGGACCUCCAGGUGCCAAAGGGCCCGCAGGACCGAAGGGGGACAGAGGUGCUCCUGGGGACAAAGGAGCAAAGGGAGAGAGCGGGCUUCCUGACAUCACUGCUCUGAGGCAGCAGGUGGAGGCCUUACGUGGACAGGUCCGACACCUCCAGAAUGCCUUCUCUCAGUAUAGGAAAGUGGAGCUCUUCCCCAAUGGCCGAGGUGUCGGGGAGAAGAUCUUCAAGACAGGAGGUAUUGAAAAGAGUUUUGAGGACGCACAGCAGGUGUGUAUACAGGCCGGGGGACAGAUGGCCUCCCCAAGCUCUGCGGCCGAGAACGACGCCCUGCAGCAGCUGGUCACAGUUGAGAACAAGGCUGCUUUCCUGAGUAUAACCGACAUCAAGACGGAGGGCAAGUUCAUCUACCCCACCGGGGAGCCCCUGGUCUAUUCCAACUGGGCCCCAGGGGAGCCCAACAACAAUGGCGGCGCAGAGAACUGUGUGGAGAUCUUUACCAAUGGCAAGUGGAACGACAAGGCCUGCGGAGAGCAGCGCCUGGUGGUCUGCGAGUUCUGAGCCACCGGGGUGGGGGGCCGUGCUCCACCCGGGAGCCUGGCCAGCGAGUGGGGGCCUGGCCAACGAGUGGGGGCCCAGACCUGUGUGCUGCCGAUGCCCCAAUGAAAUGGCGCCGCCUCUGCUGGCCAGGGCUUCUCCACAGAGCAGUCGGGGAGGUCCCUGCGGAAAGCCUCUCUCAGAGUCAAAUGGCUUCACACGUGGGAGGACUUGUCAGAGGAAGAAGGGACUGCUUUCCCAGUCGCAAGGGAUAAACUUGGGUCCCCAAGACCUCCCCGUGGCAAAAUCGGGUGGCUCCCUCUAGGCCCCUCCCCCCUCCCUCCUCCUCUCACCUUCCCCCAUCCUCCUCUCCCUUCCCCCCUCCUCCCCUUCCCCAACUGUCAGCCAUGUUUGACCAGCUGACCACCCCCGGACCUUCACUCUUCCUCCUCUGGGCUUCCAGGGCAGCACUCUUGCUUGCCUUGGUCUCACCCAACUAGCUACCUCUUUUCCUCCUCUCUCCUCCCACUUGACCACUUAAUGGUGCAGGGCUGGCCUCUGCUCUCCAUCCUCUUCAGGCCGGACUCUCACUCCGAGUGGAGCUCGUUCUGUCCAAGGCUUCGAAUUCCUUCUCCUGACAGCUCCCACAUGCACAUCCCUCUUCUGGACCCCUCCCUGAACUCCAGGCUCCUCUAGCCAAACGCAAGCUGGAGCCCCUGGGCUGACAGGCCUCAGUGGCUGCCUCUGGCUUCAAGCCCAGGGCUGGGAAGUAGCAGUGGCAUGGACGCCUGGCAGGGAGCAUCUGCCUCCUGGCUGCCCAGCCUUAUGCCCAGUAGACUGGUCCUCAUCCUUGCACGGCCCAGGAUCUCUCUCUCUCUCUCUCUCUCUCUGUGUCAUAUGACCACCUCUUGGUUCACAGGAGGGAGUUCCAUCCGCACCACCUAGUUCCAUCUGAGGUCUCAGGCAUGGAGGGUAUCCAGCCAUGCUCACAUUUAU